AUGGCUCCAAGGUUGAAAAUCGCAACUUUGUUAUUAUCUAACAACAAUAUUCAUGCAGGCAACCAGAUGGUUUUUCUGCUCCUGAAUCUGAUAGAGGCCAUCGGGAUCGUACUCACCCUUCAAGCCUUUCUUGCGGUUCCCAGCAGUACAAACAAUGAAAGGAUGCAUAGGCUUGGGUGGAUCACAGAGGGAGAGAUCAACCUGCUUGGUGGAUCACAGAGGAAGGCUAGGGAAGAGUCUACCAGCACUACAAAUGAGUGGAUUCUGAUGGUUGCUCUUGACCAUGACAAUGCCUCUGGUGUGAUCAAGUCCCAUGACUGUUUGUCGUUAUUUACUAGAAAAGGUGGUACUGCACAUAUAGGGCUAAAAAAGGGUAACAUGGGCAACGCAUGGGGUGGGUUGGAGGUCUGGCAACCGGGUGUCGAUGCAGUGGAAGAUGGAGAGGAGCUCCAAUUUGAUCGUGAGGCUUACAAUUAUAUCCGAGGGUUCGGCAUUGGCUGGUCUUGCUUGAGUUUUGAUGUUGUGCGCGAUCAACUUGGACUUGUCCGAUCAGAGUUCCCACACACAUUCUAUGGUGUUGCAGGAACGCAGCUUAAGCUGGACAGGCUGAGAAGGCUUCAGAGAACACAUUCUCUUGAAGGUGAUCAGGCAGAGAUCGAUAUCUCAUCUCACUGCACCAGAGGUAGAGGUAGAGCUAGAGCUAGAAGAAGCACAGCAAUGGAGGCGGUGAAGAAGAAGAUGCUGGCCACGCUGGUGGGGUGCAACUACGCCAGCACGGAGAACGAGCUGCAGGGCUGCAUCAACGACGUCCACGCCAUGCGCGCCGUCCUCCUCGACCCCUUCGGCGGCGCGCCAGGCGACGUCACCGUGCUCACCGACGACCACGAGAGCGGCACCGGCGUGCUCCCGACAGGCUCACAGGCGGCAACCGCCCACGGCACGCUUAUCCCGCCCAUCAGCGGCCAUGGCGGCCGCGACGACGAGGCCAUCGUGCCCUGCGACUUCAACCUCAUCACAGACGUGGACUUCCGGGAGCUGGUGGACCGCGUGCCGCGGGGCGCCACCUUCACCAUGGUGUCCGAGUCGUGCUACAGCGGCGGCCUCAUCGACCAGGAGGAGCAGAUCGGCCCCGACGCCGCCGCUGACCCCGACCUCCACGCCCACGCCGUCCACGCCGGCCGUUUCCUCCCGUACGCCGUGGUGCUCGGCCACCUCCUGUCGGGCGUGGGCGCGUCGCACCACGUCGCCGACCACCUCGUGGCGCUAUUCGGCGACGACGCCAGCUCCAAGUUCCGCUUCCACCGCCACGACCACCACGGCGGCAACAGCAGCGGCGCCGCGCACGCCGACGAAGCCGGGAUCCUGCUGAGCAGGUGCCAGAAGGACGAGCUAUCGGUGGACGUGCCAGGGGACGGCAGCAAGCAGGCGCACGGGGCGUUCAGCGGAGCGCUGCAGGUCGUACUGGCGGCGCACCCGGCGCCGAUGAGCAACCGGGAGCUGGUGCUCGAUCGGCGGCAGAGAGGUGCUCGGCAAGCGCAGGGGUUCGAGCAGCACCCCUGCCUCUACUGCAGCGACGCUAAUGUCGACGUGUCGUUCCUGGGGCAGCAGGAGACCAAGGCCAAGAGCAACUGA